UUAACUGACUUGUCGAAUUUUAAAGGCUGAUCUAGGUAGGACACGUUUCGGAGAAUGUAACAUGUGCUGAAAACGCAUCAUCGAAUUACUCUUUACCGGCAUUCUUGAUUUCAUGGAGUGGUGGAUCAGUCGGUAAAUGGCUCUUGCGUGUGUUAUGUUAUAUCUAAUCCAUCGAACCCACAUUUUGAGUACAAUAAUAUUCUCCGAUAUGAUAGAGUAAACUCCAAAGCACGACAUUUCAGCUUCCCGUAUUGAAUCGUGCUUGACGCGCCCAGGAUGGUGAAAACACGAAAGUUCAGCACGAACAAUUUACAAAUGAAUGCUGUUGAUACCACUCUGCUGUUAUUUAUUGUCUCAGUUGUGCAAAUGUUGUUAAUUCAGUAACGGCAGUUGAAGAGGUAACAAUGCUUUUUUCAAGCUGCGUCUCCAUUUUGAUCGUUUGCUUGUUGUCCAAUCCGGUAGUUGGAACGCCAAGAUAUCGGUAUGAGAAUGAAAAAUGCACAUUGCCUGUGUUCGAUGAAGUCAAUUACAAUAUGCUUCCUGAUUCUUGGUAUCACAUACUGAACACCAAUGAUCCACUUAAACGCGGUGUGCCAUGUUAUGCGAUCGAAUAUUUCAAAGAAACUCUCGACGGAAUUUUUGGGGAAUUUCAGCAUAUUUCAUCAGCGGAAAAAGGUACAAUGUCACUCAGUGGAGUCAUACCAUUCCGUUGGUAUCAGAAUGGAACUUCAAUCACAAGAUUCGACACAAGUUUCGAAUUUUUGUGGUUGAAUUUGGCAAAACAUAACGGAGCAGGUGAACAUGCUUUGGAAGAGAUUCGAUACACUUAUGAGCAGCCGAUGAGUUGCUUCACAGAUUAUGAGCAUUAUUUCAUGUGCUUGAAGUGUGGUGAAGAAGGUCCAAAGUAUAUAUGGGUUCACAGUCGUAAUCCACAUCCCACUGCAGAAAACAUUCUACGAGUACACAACAAACUUGUUACUAUCGGUGGUGGCUGGAGCGCAGUUCCAUUGUACCUAUCGGGCUGUCGUAAAUUUAGCAUGCCAGAAACAAUUGCUUAUUAAAUUGCCAAUGUGUACAUAUUUGUUAACCGAGGGUGCUUAUAUUCACAUAAUACCUAAAUAUUAUUUCUAUUAUAUAUAAUCGAUGUUAUACAAUGCUAAACAUAUCGGAAAAGUAACCCAGUAAUCGCAUAACCUAUUUGAAAAUGUAAGUUAUAAAAUAAGUUUGUCAUAACUAAUAACAUCGCCCUUUACUUUAGGAGGGCAGAAUAAAAUUGCUAGAACAUUU